AUGGCAUGUCGCGGCGUGGAGACAGGCGAGGCGUGGAGGGUUGUUUUUAUGCUCCAUUUUGUGCUGGUGCAGAAUCAGCAGGGCAAGGCGCGGCUAGCCAAGUACUAUGUCCGCUACGACGACGCUGAGAAGAAGCAGCUGCCUGGUGAAGUGUAUCGCAUCGUCGCGCAGCGCAAUCCGCGGUCACAGAGCAAUUUCGUCGAGUUCCGGCACGGUACCAAGAUUGUGUACCAGCGAUACGCGGGCCUGUACUUUUCCGUGUGUGUCGACAUGCACGACAAUGAGCUCAUGUACCUCGAGGCCAUCCACCUGUUUGUCGAGAUCUUGAAUGCCUACUUUACCAACGUGUGCGAGCGAGAUCUCGUGCUCCAUUUCUACAAGGUCUACGCGGUGCUGGACGAAGUGUUCCUCGCGGGCGUCGUGGCCGAUACGAGUGCGGCGCAGGUCUUGCAGCGUCUCGAACUACUGGAUCGUCUUGGUUAG